AUGUCGGCGAUGAAAAACAUUAGUUUUCGCAAUCUGCUCGUGUUCUCUGCAUUUCUUCGUCUGUUCUUAAUCAUCUACGGAGAAUGGCAAGACACUCACAUGGAGGUUAGAUACACAGAUGUUGACUAUCUUGUAUUUUCUGAUGCUGCUUCUUUGAUGGCAUCUGGAAAAUCCCCUUACCAAAGAUCUACUUAUCGAUAUUCACCUUUGAUCGCAUUUCUCCUCAUUCCUAAUUCAAUUAUUCAUCACUCCUGGGGAAAAUUUAUCUUCUCAGCUUCAGAUUUACUUGUCGGUUUGCUGAUCCACACCAUUUUGAAGCUACGAGGAGUGCCUCAGAGUAUAAGCACCUACUGUGCAAUGGUAUGGCUUGUCAAUCCAUUUACAUUCACAAUUGGAACCCGUGGGAACUGUGAGCCUGUAGUUUGUGCCAUGGUUUUAUGGAUAAUCGUUUGUCUCAUGAAUGGUAAUCUAUUGCAAGCUGCUGUUUGGUAUGGCCUGGUUGUUCACUUGAGAAUAUAUCCUAUAAUUUAUGCACUUCCUAUUAUCUUAGUUCUUGAUCCUCUCUACUUCCAGUCUGGUAAGAAGCCUGCUGUAAUAGAUUGGAGUUCUAGUAGAAUCAAGUCAGCCUUCAAGUCAAGUAGCACAAAAGGUGGUGAUCCACAUCAUACGUGGGUCUCUUUGACAAGACUGGUUACAGUAAGGAGACUUAUGUUCGGGCUGGUUUCUGGGGCUGUGUUCUUCUGUUGCACUGGGUUUUUCUUCUAUUUAUAUGGAUGGGAGUUCUUGCAUGAGGCGCUGCUAUACCACCUUACUCGCACAGAUCCUAGGCAUAACUUUUCUAUUUAUUUUUACCACAUUUAUCUCCAGUACGAACAUGAGUUUUCAGCCUUAGAAAAGCUCAUCUCUUUUCUGCCUCAAAUUAUAGUGCAGCUGGUUCUCAUAUUCCGCUUUGCACAGGAUUUGCCAUUCUGUUUCUUUGUGCAGACGCUAGCAUUUGUAGCAUUCAAUAAGGUCAUAACAGCGCAGUACUUUGUGUGGUUCUUCUGUCUGUUGCCUCUGAUUCUGCCAUGGUGCAGUAUGAAACUUAAAUGGAAAGGCUUGGCCUGCAAUUUUUUGUGGAUGGGAGCUCAAACGCAUUGGUUAAUUUGGGGUUAUCUGCUUGAAUUCAAAGGCAAGCAUGUCUUCAUUCAGCUGUGGUUGGCGAGUUUAUUCUUCUUGGCUGUUAAUACUUUCGUCCUUAUCAGUAUUAUCCGCCACCACACAUACUCCCCAGUAUUUAAACGGUUGGAGCGUGUGGGUUCAAAGAAAACUUCUUGA